CGUCAAGUCCGAGUCCGGCUACGGCUUCAACGUGCGGGGCCAAGUGAGCGAGGGCGGGCAACUGCGGAGCAUCAACGGGGAGCUGUACGCGCCGCUGCAGCAUGUGAGCGCCGUGCUGCCCGGGGGGGCGGCCGAUCGGGCCGGGGUGCGCAAGGGGGACCGCAUCCUGGAGGUGAACGGCGUGAAUGUUGAGGGGGCGACACACAAGCAGGUGGUGGACCUGAUCCGAGCAGGCGAGAAGGAAUUGAUCUUGACAGUGUUAUCUGUACCUCCUCAUGAGGCAGAUAACCUAGAUCCCAGCGACGACUCGUUGGGGCAAUCAUUUUAUGAUUACACAGAAAAGCAAGCAGUGCCCAUAUCGGUCCCCACAUACAAACAUGUGGAGCAGAAUGGUGAGAAGUUUGUGGUCUACAAUGUUUACAUGGCAGGAAGGCAGCUGUGUUCUAAGAGGUACCGGGAGUUUGCCAUCCUACAUCAGAACCUGAAGAGAGAGUUUGCCAACUUCACAUUUCCCCGACUUCCAGGAAAGUGGCCAUUCUCAUUGUCAGAACAGCAGUUAGAUGCCCGACGUCGGGGGUUAGAAGAAUAUCUAGAAAAAGUAUGUUCAAUACGAGUCAUUGGUGAGAGUGACAUAAUGCAGGAAUUCCUAUCAGAAUCAGAUGAGAACUACAAUGGUGUGUCCGACGUAGAGCUGAGAGUAGCAUUACCGGACGGAACAACGGUGACAGUCAGGGUUAAAAAGAAUAGUACUACAGACCAAGUGUAUCAGGCCAUUGCAGCAAAGGUUGGCAUGGACAGUACGACAGUGAAUUACUUUGCCUUAUUUGAAGUGAUCAAUCAUUCCUUUGUGCGUAAGCUGGCACCUAAUGAAUUUCCUCAUAAACUCUACGUCCAGAAUUACACAUCCGCAGUGCCAGGCACCUGCCUGACCAUUCGAAAGUGGCUUUUUACGACAGAAGAAGAAAUCCUCUUAAAUGACAAUGACCUUGCUGUUACCUACUUCUUUCAUCAGGCUGUGGAUGAUGUGAAGAAAGGUUACAUCAAAGCAGAGGAAAAGUCUUACCAAUUACAGAAGCUAUAUGAACAAAGGAAAAUGGUCAUGUACCUCAACAUGCUAAGGACUUGCGAGGGCUACAAUGAAAUCAUCUUCCCCCACUGUGCCUGCGACUCCCGGAGGAAGGGGCACGUUAUCACAGCCAUCAGCGUCACGCACUUUAAACUACACGCCUGCACCGAGGAAGGCCAGCUGGAGAACCAGGUAAUAGCGUUUGAAUGGGAUGAGAUGCAGCGAUGGGAUACAGAUGAAGAAGGAAUGGCCUUCUGUUUCGAAUAUGCACGAGGAGAGAAGAAGCCUCGAUGGGUUAAAAUCUUCACCCCAUAUUUCAAUUAUAUGCAUGAAUGCUUUGAGAGAGUGUUCUGCGAGCUCAAGUGGAGAAAAGAGAACAUUUUCCAGAUGGCGAGGUCACAGCAGAGGGAUGUGGCCACCUAGCCUUUCCUUACUCGCCCCUUCCCUUCUCUUCACCCUCAUCCUCUUACCCUUUCAUCUCCCAUGUCAGACAGAGUAACCAUUAACACUCAAAAGAAGAGAAAAAGGAAACAAAGUCAUUAUAUUCAAAAGCCCUCAACUAAAUAUUAUUAAUAACCCCCCUGAAUUUCAUGUCUCUUGAAUUGAGCUGGUAGAGAACGACAGAUUGAAGUGAACUGAGUUAAGACAGGAAAAGAAAUAAGCCCAACCAACUCACCAAAGGUAUCUUUGUCCUUUCACCUGGGCCUCAUACCAACAGACUCUCCUUGUACUAUAUUUUUAAAACUGGAACUAUGAACUUCAUCCAUUUGCACUGUUCAGACAUAUAUAUGUAUGUAUGUAAAAAACUUAUAUAUACACAAAUUAGCUGCACGUAUAUACAUAUAUAUAUUUCUUUUUAAAUUUCAUAUCAAUGGCAGUACCUUUUUUAGCUUGUGUUUUUACACACCUUUCACUAGAAUUCAUGACCUAUCUCUUGCUCUCUUUAUUUUGACACAAACUUUAAAAAGGAAAAAAAAAAAACAUUUUACAGGGAAAAAUACCUCUCCUCAUGAAGGACUUGAAACGUUUACAACCUGCUUGGGUUUUUCCCCCCUUUUUUGUAUUGAGUACUGAUUCUGGCUCGUGGUUUGCCAUAGAGUCUGAGGAGCAAGGAGUGUAGUUUCUUUAUCUUCCAAGAGGGUGCUGGGCAAGAAAAAGGUGUGUUUCUCAAGAGCAGCAAGGCUGCAGAUCUGCAGGGAGAGUCUAAAGACUUGGUGGUCUUCUGAGUCCAGGCCCUUUUCCUGGCACAUCUCUCUCCCAUGCAUGGCUUCCGGCCACGUUCUGCGUCUCCUUCCUACUUCCUCGGGCCCCUACGAUGCUUUCCUCCAACCGGCCCAGAGGAAGUGCGAGUGGGCUCAGAAGGCAGAUGCCCCGGGAAUCUGAAACACUUCCUGGUGUAAUUUCCUGUUUCCCUGCCUUGUCUGUGGCAGGGAUUUUGUAGGGACCAGAGUUAAAGCCGAUACCUUGGGCACAGAGGUUGGACUUGCAUGGGGAAAAGAAGGCAGCAGCGCCCUGUGUACAUGAGGUUUUACCUUCUCCAUUCCUGACCAGGGGCCACCCCUGCCUGGUACCUUCUCUGUGACUGCCUGAACAGCAGCGUUGGGGAGGGAUCAGACCUUUGAUGUCUUGGGGAAACUUGGGCUAGGUCCGUGGCCUGCCACCGGAGCCAUACUCCCGCCCGAGCAGCUGAGGGCCCAGUAGGAGGCAUGUGGCUGGUUUAGGUUGAAUCUUGUCUGACCUGGCACUUAGACCUUUGAGACCUCAGACCUGUGUCCCAGGCUCAAGGUCAGGGCUGGAGGGCCGGGGUGACACACUCAGUCCUAGCUCCGCAGACAGUGGAGCACUGAGUCAGGCUCGGGUGCACCUGAGACACAGCUCCGAGCUGUUUCUUCUUCCCUGCUCUGCCUCCGGCAUCUUCCGCUUGUCUAACUAGGAGGCCGUUGUAGUUGGUUGUAGUCAACUCAGCUGAGCAGUGUUGGGGUGGUUUGAAGUUUCUUUUUUGUAACUUGUUUUUGCAGAGCAUUUGAGGCCACUUUUCCUUCUCUUUGACCCUUUUCCCGGCAGCCACUUACCCCAGGGAGGCAUGGGAUCACAUAGGACAUCCCUUUCACCCUCCCCUUCUCUCCAAACCUAGGUGGGAUCACAGAAUGCAAGAUGUAAGAAUGCCAAGUGUUUAAAGUUGCAGAGAAUAAUCUCUGAUUUGAAGGCUUUGACACAAGAUCAACUCCUUUUGGCUUAAAUGAAUUUAAUGAGCCAGAGGACCCUGAGGAGGAGAUACGUUGAUUUCCCACUCUAAGAUGCUAAAGAGGUGCUUUUUGCACCAUCUCUGUGUAGACUGUAAAAAUAGCAGCAUCUGCCCCUCUCCUCCCAGGGAGAGAAGAACGAACAAAUCCAGGAGUCCCCGAUACACCCAGAUGCCAACCUCGGACGUGUGGCAGGGGUUUGGAGACCCCUUGGAGGGGGACGUGCUGUCCUCUUUCCGGCAUGGCUUUCACUUGGUGCUUUGGAGGUUGGGUGAGGGACCCCGUAGGUAGUUGGCCUGUUGGCAGAAUCUGUUUAGGAACAGCCGAUCUCGAGGCUGUCCCUCUGACAGCACCCGGCUACAGCAGGUAGGUGGGAAGUAGGGAGACCCUAAGGGAAGCGACUUCUUCUCUUCCACCCCCAACAGGCCUCCAGUGCUGGAGCACAGGCCACUGUGGCUGUGGAGGGCCACAGGAUCAAGCCCUUCUUUGCAUGAAGCAGUGUUAGGUGUGACUCUUCCCCCAUUUCCUCUGUAUUUCUUUUUCUAAUCUCUGCUACUUUUCUUAGUCCUGGCUUCUGCCCAGGGAGGCUUCUACCCAGUCUUCUUUUGCAAUUUGUCUCUGGGAAAGGGGGCUCCCCUCCCCCCAGCUUUGCCCCAGCAGAGCCAGCAGAAUCUUCCUGGUCUCCCAUCAUCUCUCAUCCACACAUGGUUUCUAUCUUCUGGGGCAGAAGAGCUCAGAGCUUUUAAUGGAUCAGGAGAUAAUGCCAGCCCUGAGAAACCUGCCCCUGGAGAAAGGUUCCUUUGGGCCAUGCUUUGAGCUCUCUGCUCUGUUUUUAUUCGAUUCUCCAAUUUCUGUCCUCCCCUUGCCUUGGGCCUAAGCUCAGCACAGCACAGCAGAUACACAGGAGUGCGUGCUUAGGGCAGCUCCUAGGCCUGGACCGAGCUCUCAGGGAGGAGUUAGAGAAAUAUUCCAGCAUCCUCAUGCCUGGCCCUUUUGGUUUCAGCAUUUCGUUACCCAGCCAGUAGCUUCGGGUUAUCCGUUGUAGCUCCAGACCCAGUGCUGGGAGCAGAAAAAUAGGGUACUUACAGGAACUGACACCUCUCUCUCACGUUAGAAUUCGCCAAGUAUGGGCCUGGCUCCCAGGAGGCAGUUUUCUUCCAGGGGCUGCCCCCUAGCUGACCUGAUGUCUCCAGACCUGGAGGGACUGCUGUGCCCGCCCGUCUCUCCAUCCGCCGUCUGGCUGGACUGACACAGCAGUAGAAGUGGUUUGGUCUGUUGGACCCCGUCAUGCUGCUCUUUCUUCACCAGCUUCUUUGUGUCACAUUGGCUUCCUUCUGGAGGGAUGAUGCGGCCGAGUCCUCAGAGAAGGGGGAGGGAAGGAGGGUAGAGGCGCUGGUCUGCUUCUCUAGUUCCCACCUCCCAGCCCCACCCCGUCUCCCUCUUCCCCGAAACCUGAGCACGUCAGGCCAGGCCUUGUUGGUACCAGGACAGCAUCAGCUCACUCCUCAGCAAUAACCUAGGGUUUGUGGGCGGCUUUGGGCUCUGGGGAGGAACAGAAUCGAAGAGGGGAGUGAUGCGGGUGGGGGCACUUGGCCAUCUGCUAACUUGGAGACCCAUUUUGUAUCCUGCCCUCCUCUUAAGCCGGUGAGCUGGGCUUCCGUUUUUCCCAGGUCAUGCACACCUUUAAUUUAUUUGAGAGAAACUCUAAUUGUAUUUUCACUGCAGUAUCUUGUAUUUUUUAUUUGUGAUUUAAGAAAUGUGAAGAGAAAAUACAGACACAUAAUGGCUAACAGUGUUUCUUUCAUUCCUUGUUCUAGAGCUAACCACUCUAAAAUUGUUUGGUAAUGUCACUUAGUGUAAUUAAUUGUAACAUAUUCUUUUAAAUAAAUUGAUUUAUUGAUGAAA